ACUGAAAGCUGUAGAAAAUUUUUUUAAACUUUUCAAAAGAUGUUCUCGCUGUGGCUAAAGGCACUACUGCUCCUGUCCACAUUGUGCUUUGCAGCGCCCAGAUUCGAUGGAAAGUUCGAAUCGAUAGAAAUGGUUCAAGGAGACGAGGUAACAUUAUUCGAGCAUUACCUAAAGCUGGUGGGACGCCAACGGUUGGUAAACGGAACGAUAGUUUAUCAUGUGGAUCUUAACGAGGACUAUGAUGUAUUGAUAGAUGUCUGGACAUGGAAGAAUGGAAAGUGGGCACGAAUGAAUAUUAAUUGGCGCCAAAAACCCUGCUUCUCUAUGAAGAAUUUUUACGCGAAGUAUUUAGAACCAUCCUUGCAAGACUCGAACCUGCCCACAGGCAACGACUUGUGUCCGCUCCGAAAGGGUGAAUACUAUUUGAAGAAUGUUGAGCUCAACACUGAUAACUUGCCAACACUUUUGAGCCCAGGUAUGAAGAAAUGUCGUGUUGCUUUAAUGAAAGAGGGCAAGGUAUUUGGUGGCUUUACGGUGGUGAUUAGUCUUGUAGAUCGAGGAACUUGAUCUUGACGCAACUAAUAAAGUAGGCAUACAGCCAU